AUGAAUUUGCUUCAUCAUGAUCAUUUAAAAAGAACUACUAUGAAAAUUUGGUUUCAUCAUUUUUUUUAUAGAGAAGAAUAUGAUGAUAAAUUUAAUAAUAAUGAAAAUAUCACUAUAGAUGAAAAUAUUGAUGAUUUAUUAUUGAUUCCAAAUUUAAAUCAAUCAAAUCUUCUAUAUAGUGGACAGCAAAACGUUGAAGAAUAUGAUGAUGAGGAAGAAGAAGAAGAUUUCGAGGGUUCAAGUGGGAGUAAUAACGAAUUGUGCAAUGACUUAAAAUUAAAAAAAAUUAGAAAAUUUAAUAAUAUCAAAGAGCAUAUAAAAUUGAAAUUGAAAAACCAUAAGUUCCAUCACCAUAAUUCUCAGCAAAGUAUUUCAGUGAAAAAGAUAAAUGAAUUAAUUGAAUCAAAAACUGAGAGAAUCUUGGAAAAAUUGAAUAAGACUGAAUUAUCGAAAAUUGAUUGCAAGAAAGGAACAUAUUUAUCCAACCAUGUCUUGGUAGAUUUGAAAAAGACAAGAGAUUUGGCAACCUUAUUAGAGGAUUCUUUGAGAAGAUGCUUAUCGCCCACAGCAACAGAUGACUACGAUAAUAAUUUUGAUGAAACUUCUCCUGCAAGAGAAUUACCACCUUUUCAAAAUUUAAGUUACGAUGAAAUGCUCAAGUUUGGGAAUAUUACAAUUUUAUCUAUAACUUCCUUAGACUCUGAUGAUCCAUUGCAAUCAAAAAAAAUCCAGAAUGAAGAAUUUAUAAACAAUAGAGGUAAAAAAAGGGACUUGAGGAUUGAUACAAUAGAUUCGGAUGAGUCUUUACAGUCAUCCAAGAGAUUUUGCAAAAUAAAUUUUGAUGAAAACGUCAAUGAUAUAAAAGCAUUGAACAAUAAUUCUAAUUCCAAUCGUAAUUUAAGUUUUACUAACAAUAGUGUUACUACUCACUUUCAAAAUAUUGGAACUGAAAAUAUAUUUGGUAAACAAUAUGAGUCUGAAGGUGACACUGAAAUUGAUGACUUUUCUAAAGAUGAUGAUGAUGAUGAUGAUGAAUUUGAAGAUGAUUGCUCUAAUGAUACUACAACAAUACAAACUCAUCAAAUUCCACUGGAUAACUCAGAAACAAUUGAAAGUCCUGAAGAAAUUAGAAUGGAUUCAGAAAAUUCCCACAGGAUACUUACUAUUCCUACAUUGUAA